CGUCAUGUUCUUCUUCAAUGCUGGCCCUAAUACGCUAAUCCCUCCACCUCGCAGCUUUCGAGACCUGCGCGGAACCCUGAAUAGCUUCCACGCAGCACUGCAGAACGAGAGCUUGGAACCCUUGCAGCACAGCACAAGCCGUGAGUGCUUCUCAUUUCCACACGACUCGCUCCGAAUAAUAGUCCUCACACGGAACUCUGUUUCAGGCGGAAUGGCUCAAUCAAUCCAUCCGCUACGCUCGUGUGCAUUCAUAUUUUCGUGGAACCAAUCAUCAUAUGACAAACAUCGAUGGAACGACUAGGUAUGCAGGUCUAAGAAAUGAGGCAGGUGUUUUGUUUAGCCAGGAGAACAAGUUACACUGCCUUUCCUAAAUUAACAGAAGCUAUUAAAUAUUGAUUCAGCAAUUGGAUAGUGAAGACAAAUCCUGAACUACUGAAGAUUACAGAAGUUUUAUUGGAAUAUAGGCUUAUAAUCACAAAAGUCACUUGAAGGAAACAACUUGUUAUGUUUUGGAGGAUUUGUAAAGCUUUUGGAUCGUUUCAGGGUUCGAAGCAUCGGAAAUAAUGUGAACUACUGAGGAGGGAUUUCAUAAGGAAGAUCACACUGAAAAUAUCAAGGAAAAGAUGAGGAGCCGAAUACGAGUGCCUCUUUGAAUUAUAUUAUUGCGUAGUGGCUCGAUUGAUGAAAUGCAAAACAGUCUCUCGUCAGCAUUCUGGCGGAUUUGUUUUCUAGAGUUUUCGGUGUGAGCGUGCUGAUUUUUCUUCAAUACUUAGGGAUCUUUGAUGUCGAUAAGAAGAAUUAACCUCUAUGAGACAGACUUACCACACAUCGUCCUCCUGAUGCUGCCUGAACUCAAUUGACAUGAACUUGGAAGCGUUGGCAGGCUCUAACUCAGGUUGCUUUUCGGACAUAAUAGUUGCAGUCAGGGAUUGCAAAGGCCGUCUCAUGUGUAAUCUGGAAGCUCAAGCAACUAAUUUGAGGCCUCAAAUCGAAGCUGCAGCUCUCCCUCCCUCCCUCUCUCUCUCUGUCUCUGUCCCUGUUCAGGGAUCAGAAGUGAAUGGAUGUUGACGAAAGAAAAAUUGAACUGGUAACGAUGGUUAUUAAUUUUAGAAAAGGAGGAAAUGAACGUGAAAGGAUUCGUUUGAAGGCAAUUCGUUGCUCACUCUGGGCACUGCCAUACUCCAUACUGGUGGCUCUCACCGCUUUUCAGGUCAAUCUUCUGCCAACAUGCAGGUGUUCGCUUCAGCAACGAAAACGAGCAGUUCUAAGGACACAAAUCCAGUGAUGAGUCCAUGUGCCCAAUUGCAACCAAUCGGCACGGGAGACGCAAUCACAGUCGCGGUAGCGUUGGGAGGAAACAGAGCAACGUGGCACAACAACUCCAAUUCCAAGCUCAAUGUCCUCUCACCCUGCAGUCCCCAUACCUCACCUGGAAUUCCUCUGGGAACUCAAGUGACUGUAUUCCGCCCGAUUGUUGAUCAGCUCAGUCUCUUCCAAAUCUAUAAUCAAACCUUGACAUCCGUGGCCACCACAUUUUCUGAAGCUGCCAGUCUCUUGGUGUAUGCUGGAUAUAAUUCGGCAACUGACAAUGGAACCAUAGUCUCAGAGCCAAGAACCUUCUCCACUUCUGUUGGGAAAAUAGGAGGAUUAUUACUGGUUAUGGAAUUUGAGCAGGGAGUGCUGAAAAAUCUCACAUGGAAAGAUGAUGAUUGUAGGGAUUGUGGAAAUAGCUCUGUGCUCUGUCUUGAUAAUAAUUGUGCAACUCCCAUUGCUACUUGUAUUUCUCAGAACACAACCAACCCUGCCAUUUGUAUCACUCGGAUCAAUGUGGCAUAUUCUGGUACAGACAAGAACAGUUUGAGUUUCACUUCGUGGAUGAGUGUGAAGCAAGUGACUAAAUACUCACUCUCUGCUCUCUAUUUCAAGGCGGACGAAGCACUCCAGUCAGGCAUUCAAGGAAUUAUUGAUCGGGGUAACCAGGUUGGAACUGGUGGACAAGUAUGAAAAAAUCAUACACACCAGUGUCCUGCUAAUUGAUAUGUAUCAACUGAGAAGACAUUCAUUCAAGAAGCCAAAAUAAAUAUAUGUUCCUUUGCAUCACAACCCCCUUUGAAGGGUUUUCAUAAAGGAAACUUUGCAGGUUGAGGGAGCAGCUGCAAGAACCUCCAGCUGGACACAUGCAAAUGACUUGGCAAAUGCAUGGCACAGUUCCUCAUGAUCCAUUCCUGCAAAGCUGUACAUGUCUUUUUGGAAAAAAUGCAACAAAGAAAAGGAAAAAGAAAACAACCACCUAUGGACAAUCUCCACAUUAUUUUUUUCCCAUCAACACUACAUCACAUGACACAUAACAUAAGGCUCCCCCAAACCAAAGGAGCAUGGUGUGCAUACAAUAUCUUGAUGCUAUUCCUGGAUGCAGACAAGCAGGUUUCCUGCAGGCAGGAGGAGAAAGGAAGAAAACAAUGCAAAAGAACAGGAAAGCUUGUGGCAAUACUAUACUUACAUCUGAUUUCAAUUAAAAGCAUUAUUGGCAUGAUAUGGUAAAAAGAAAGUUGAAUCAUGAAUGCAAUAGUAUUUAUACAAUUGGAGGCUCAUUGUUCACCAAAAUAAUUUUGAUGAUGCACGACAGUAGAUUUAGACAGCUUAUUUCAAAAGCUCUGCAAUGAAAAAUAUGCUUGAAUUGGACAUAUCACAUAUUUACAGCAUUGAACAUAUAAGUAAUAAGAAGAAAACAAGUUACUGAUUCAGAAAACACUUUAAAACAUGAGCGUUUGUAUCUUUAUUGAACUUGUACAAUAUGUGCAAUUAUCAAGCUUAGGUGGGGGCAUUGAGAUACUAA